AUGCAGCUCUCGAGAUUUCUUUUCCGCGUCGCCCUGCUGCUGUGUCCGAUAGCCUUAAUUGGCACGACAUGGCUGUAUUUGUACCCCAUUUUCCACGGUUGCGCAUUCCCAAAGCCCCCAUCUACGGAGGCGCAAGCCAUCGCACCCUUCCGUCUCCUCUCCCUCGGUGAUCCCCAGCUCGAGGGCGACUCUUCACUCCCCGACCCGAAUGCGCUCAUUUUUCCAUCGAUCGAGAAGCUCGUACCGGAUCUGCGCGAUGCGGCCAACUCAACCCAGAGACGAGACAUUGUAGAACAAGCAGCAAGAGGUGUUGUGAAAGAUGUUGGCAGAUGGCUCGAGGGGAAAAGGAAGGCUAUAGAUCUCUGGGGGAACGACUGGUAUCUUUCGCACAUUGUAAGAAGCCUACGGUGGUGGACUGAACCCACACAUAUCAGUGUACUUGGUGACUUGCUGGGCAGUCAGUGGGUCACAGAUGGCGAGUUCACGAAGCGGGCAGGGCGUUAUUGGAACAUUGUCAUGAGGGGAUUGGAGAAGGUGCCGGAUGCCAUCUUUGGUGCUCUUGAGCCUGGGAAGAAAGAACAGCCGCCAACAGAGCCUACAACGGAACAGGACGUUUCAGGAGAAGAGGCGAUAGACGAGGAGCCGAAACCAGAGAGGAAGGCACUGUGGGGUGGUACAACAGAAGUGCUGGGUGCUGAUCAAAAUUGGGAAAAGCGCGUCAUCAACAUCGUUGGAAACCACGACGUCGGUUACGCUGGCGACAUCGACGAGUCGCGCAUCGAGCGAUUCGAAAAGGCCUUUGGGAGUUCCAACUGGGAUAUUUGGUUCACGCUCCCGGACACACUGCGCUUAAACAAGACCACCGAAUCCUCUACACCAGACCUGCCCAGACCUCCGACGCUCCGCCUCAUCAUCCUAAACUCGAUGAAUCUCGAUACACCCGCCUGGUCUUCCGACCUUCAAACCGAGACCUACUCCUACAUGAACCACAUCAUAACCAGCUCCCUUCCAGUCAACGACAAGACGCACUCUACCAUACUCCUCACCCAUAUCCCGCUCGAGAAGGAGGAAGGUGUCUGUGUCGAUAGCCCAUACUUCGACUUCUUUGAGGGCGGUCAAGGAGUGAAGGAGCAAAACAUGCUUUCAGGCCAUGCUAGCAAGAUCGUUCUUGAGGGAUUGUUUGGCAUGAGUGCGAACAAAGACGCCGAAGGCAAGGGACAGGGCAGAAGGGGUAUAAUACUCAACGGACAUGAUCACGCUGGCUGCGAUGUUGUACACUAUAUUCGUCAACCCGGCGUGGACGAUGCGUGUCAAGUGGCUCAUGUGAAGAGAGAGGAAGCAUACUGGCCAGCGAGCACUACAAACGAUACCAUGAUUGCUACUUCGAUGGAUAUCGAUGGCGUCGACAUCAAUGUUGUAGCCGCUAACGACACGAUUGCUGAAUCCGAUCCUACCCCAGAGCCUACCCCAGAGCCUGAACCUCCCGCACCGCCGAAAUGGAAGGCUCGUCGGUUCCCGCCGCGUCCAUACGACAUCACCCCAGCCAACGAAUGCACUUCCAUUAACGACGUCCCUCACAUCCGCGAGAUCACGCUCCGUAGCAUGAUGGGAGAGUAUUCAGGCUACGCAGGUUUCCUAUCAGCGUGGUUCGAUGAAAGCAAAGGCGGGAAAGGCGAGUGGGUCUUCGAGUUUAGCACGUGUGGAGUUGGGGUUCAGCAUUGGUGGUGGGGUGUACACAUUGUUGAUUUGGUCUUGCUGCUCUGUUUCCUAUUCGGGAUCUUGGCGAGUGUUUAUGAGCGUGUAGCAGUGGACACAAGAUAUCCAGCGAUCACCAAGGACAGGAAGAAGCCAGAGUCGGAAUCGACCAAGACCUCAACGGAGGGGGAGACGGUUGUACAUACGACGCGCGAGAGGACGUCCUCGGUCACGGAAGUUACGAAGCGAAGGAUAUGGAUUAGUAUUUAG